AUGAUGCUUGUUCAGCUUCUUGGCGUGGACCCUUUUGCUGGAGUUCCACACGGGAAUGGAGAGAAUAUCCCAGCCAGGUUGUCUCAGUUCCCGAAAUCCAACCUUCUCCCUCCCCCAAGAUCCCGCCAGAAGUACUGUUUCAGCCAGUCCAAGGUCUCAACGCACAGAGUCAAACUGAGACCAGGAAAAAGUGCUUGGAGUUUCACUUCCCCGCCUCUCCCCUGUCUGUCGCAAAGGCUGGCUCUGGAUGUGACUUCCACCUGCAGGGCCUGGGGGAUCUGUAUACGGAGAACUAGACAAACCGUUUCGGGAGCGACUCGAGUGGUCCGGACAGCUCCCCCGACCGCGGAGCCUCUGAUCAGAAGGCCGAUCUGUCAGCGGAAGCCGCCGCCCGUCAGCUCUCUAUGUAUUCGAGCCGCCCGGAGACAGCUUACCGCUGGUGGUCGCCGCCGCCGCCUGAAUCUCUUUUAAAGCAGCAGGGACACUUGCCACUUCCCCCCGUGGUCGGCUGCGGCAAGUGCCAAGACGGCGCCCCCCGGGUCAGGGGCUUCCAGUGGCACACGAACUGCAUCGAGGCCCCACUGUCGCGGCUGUUCGGCGGGCUGGGGCGCUGCGUGGCCAGGUACCCCUGGCUCUUCCUGCUGUCGUCGCUCUUGCUGUCGGCCGGCCUGGGAACUGGCUUUAUGUUCCUGGAGCAACGCAAAACGGACGACAUCGAGGAGCAGUUCACGCCAGUUGGGGGCCCGGCCAAGGGAGAGAGGAGUCUGGCCCAGAAGUAUUUCCCCACCAAUGACUCGGAGAGCUUUUCGGCGUCGAGGCUCACAACCGAGGGCACGUUCGCCUCGCUCCUGCUGGUCUCCACGUCGGACUCGUUGCUGACAUCAACGACUUGGAUGCAGAUCCGACGGCUGGACAACUUCGUGAGGAACAUCAGUACAACGGAUGCAGACGGGUUCUCCACCUACAAGAAUCUGUGCGCCCAGACUCUCUCCGGGUGCAGUCUCUCCAACCCGCUUCUGGAAUUUCAGGUUCUCCCCAGUAAACUUACUUUCCCCUUCAUGGUAAACGGCCCGGUUUCAGUCUUUCUGGGCAACUCGGUCGGGGGCGUGCAACUCGGGCCCGGGCUGGCCCCGAACAGGAUCCUGGAGAAGGCGAAGGCUCUGAAGCUGAUAUACUACCUGCGCGAAGACUCAGAGCAGGAUCGCCAAAAGAGCCGGGAAUGGCUGAGAACUUUCCUCCGGAUCAUGGGGUCCGAGCUGCGGAACCAGAAGCAGGAGAACUUGGAGGUAUCCUACUUUACAUCGCUAUCCAGGCAGCAGGAAUUCGAAGGAAAUGUGAAGGAAGUAAUUCCAUUGUUUUCUGUCUCCUACUUUCUCAUCAUAUUCUUUUCAAUUGUCUCAUGUUACAGGAUGAACCACAUAAUCAGCAAAAUGUGGGUGGCAGCAUUUGGAGUCAUUUCGGCUGGUUUAGCAGUACUGAGUAGCUUUGGUCUUUUGCUGCAUUGUGGAAUACCAUUUGUUGUCACAGUUUCCAAUGCACCAUUUCUUAUUCUAGGAGUUGGUGUUGAUGACACGUUUAUCAUGAUUUCUGCCUGGCAGAAGACCAAACUCAUACAUAGUAUUGAACAGAGGCUGGCUGACACCUAUGCAGAGGCUGCUGUGUCCAUCACAAUCACCACGUUGACUGAUGUCCUCGCUUUCUAUAUUGGCUUCAUGACCCCUUUCAAAUCCGUGCAGGCCUUUUGUAUUUACACAGGAACAACCUUCCUUUUUUGUUUUUUAUAUAACAUUACCUGUUUUGGAGCAUUUCUUGCCCUCAAUGGUAAAGUUGAAGUCUAUCUGAACCAAUUUGUCUUUCAGCAGAAACAGGAAAAAAAUUCCUGUGCAAAAAAGAUUCUCUGUAGAAAAGGCUUUUAUAUCUCACCAAAUGGUGAAGAAGAAACCCAUGCAAUGAAUAUAUUCUUUAGGAAGUAUUAUGGCCCCUUGCUCACCAAAAAAGUGUCUAAGCUCUUUGUGGUACUGCUCUAUGCUGGCUACCUAGCUGCUAGUAUUUAUGGGUGUUUCCAAAUCCAGGAAGGUAUAGACCUUCGAAACCUAGCCAAUGAUAACUCCUAUGUCAUUCCUUAUUAUUCUAAGGAAAAGGAAUAUUUUUCAGAAUUUGGUCCCAGGGUUAUGGUUUUAGUUACUAAAUCUGUUUCAUAUUGGGAUGAGCUCACUAGAUACGAGUUGAACGAUUGUUUGAAAUCAUUAGAAAGUAAUGAUUAUGUGAAUGCAACUUUCUCAGAGUCUUGGUUAACGACGUAUGAGGUAUAUUUAACAAUUGUACACCAAAAUAUAAACAAUAGGACUAUAUUUUUAAACUUCAUAGACCCAUUUUUAGAAAAGUUUCCCCAAUUUAAAUGGGAUAUUAAAAUGAAUAGAACUACACAAGAAAUAUUCUCUUCACGCUUCUUCAUUCAGUCAGUAAAUGUUAAUACUUCAGUCUAUGAAAAGAUGAUGUUAAACCAGCUAAGAAACACUGCUGCACAAUGCAGGAUCCCCCUUACAGUGUAUCACCCGGCAUUUAUCUAUUUCGAUCAGUAUGCUGUAAUUGUAGACAACACUAUUCAAAAUGUUGUCGUUGCAGCUGGCGCCAUGUUGAUAAUUUCCUUGUUGUUCAUUCCCAAUCCACUAUGUUCUCUGUGGGUUACCUUUGCUAUUGCCUCUGUGAUUGUAGGUGUGGCAGGUUUCAUGUCCUAUUGGAACGUCAAUCUUGAUUCUAUAUCCAUGAUCAACCUUAUAAUUUGUAUUGGAUUUUCAGUAGACUUUUCUGCUCAUGUGUCCUAUGCAUUUGUUUCCAGUGAUGCUACGAAUGCAAACCAAAAAGCCAUUGAAGCACUGGAUCUUCUGGGCUACCCAGUGGUACAAGGUGCUGCUUCUACCAUAAUAGGGGUGAUUGCCUUAGCUGCAGCAAAUGCUUACAUCUUCAGGACCUUUUUCAAGAUCAUGUUUCUGGUUAUAUUGUUUGGGGCGGCUCAUGGACUCAUCUUCAUUCCAGUGUUUUUAACCUUUUUUGGAAUUUGCAGCAAAGCCCAUGAAAAGACCCCUGACAGAGAUCCUGACUGUCCUUAAUUUCUAUGCUCUUUUGUAAACGAUGUUUUUAGAGGAGUUGACAAUACACAUCUUUUCUUAAUUUGAAAUCCACAUUUCUCAAAUGCACUGUAUUGGGUUGUUUGGGUCAAAAUCCUUCUUUGCUAAGCUUUUAAAUCCAUUAGCAUAAGAUGCAGGUUCUGGCUAGGUUAAAUGACUUACUCUUACAACAAUAUCCCCUAACACUCCACUCCUCAAUUCCACUAAUGUACUUUUCCUUCCUUCCCUCUAUAAUUAUACCAUCUGUGGUAAGUGUAGGGUUCUCCUUUCCAAACCCAUGCAGUUUAUGCUCAUUUUCUCUAAUCAACUUUGAGACUUGAUUAGUUCAGGAGAUUAAUGACUCAAACUAUUGAUUGCUUCUUGGUUUUCUGAGUCCAAAAAUUGCUAGAAUGAGCUUCAGUCUUGCUCUAACAUUUGUUAAUGGUCUACAAUGAGCAAAUAUGGAACUUUGCUCAUCUGAAUAACUCAGGAUGACCUUAUUGCCUUUUUUUGUUGACUUUUAUUCUCCUGCUAUUCUCAAAUAUGUGGAAACUGAGUCAAAUUUGUAAAGAUACAAGUCAUUUCCCAGUUAAUAAUGGUCAAAGGAUAUGAACAGA